ACGGGGAAGACGGUUGUCCGGAGAGGAGGCCGAAGUGCUGGACGAGGAGGAGCUGGGAGAAGGCGUCGGCCCGGCGGGGCAGAGAGGCAAGGAGGAGGCGGGCUGCGCGGGGGUGUGGGGCUCAGAGCGGCGCCGGGAUAGCGCGGAGCAGCCGGGCACGGCGGCCACGGCAGCCAGGGCCUGGGCCGCGGUUCGGCCGGGCCGGCCGAGCUGGACUGACCAUUAUGGAGGAAGAGCUGCAGCAUUCGCACUGCGUGAAUUGUGUCAGUAGACGGUGUAUGACCAGACCAGAGCCUGGGAUUUCCUGUGACUUGAUUGGUUGUCCAUUGGUUUGUGGAGCAGUUUUCCAUUCUUGUAAAGCUGAUGAGCAUCGACUUUUAUGUCCAUUUGAACGAGUGCCUUGUUUAAAUAGUGACUUUGGAUGUCCAUUUACAAUGGCUCGAAAUAAAGUUGCCGAACAUCUAGAAACAUGUCCUGCAAGUGUGGUGUGCUGUACUAUGGAGUGGAACCGAUGGCCAGUUAGUUAUGCAGACAGAAAAUCUUAUGAAAAUCUAAGCAGAGAUGUUGAUGAAGUGGCACAAUUAGAUAUGGCCUUGGCCCUUCAAGACCAAAGGAUGCUCUUAGAAUCUCUCAAAGUAGCCACCAUGAUGUCAAAAGCAACUGAUAAGGUAUCAGAACCUAGAGAACAGAUCUCAGUUAAAUCAAGUGUCUCAGAAAUACCACAUACUAAUGGUUUGGUAUCUGUUGAUGAAGAAUCUUAUGGUGCACUUUAUCAAGCUACUGUUGAAACAACUAGAAGUUUGGCUGCCGCUUUAGACAUCCUGAACACCGCCACAAGAGACAUUGGCAUGUUAAGUUCGAGUCUUUGUACUUCCCCAAAUGAAAUAAAUGAAGAGCAGAAUUCCAGAGAAAGCUUGAAAGACCAAGAUCAUCUUUAUGCUGAUGAGAUAGGAGCAGUAGGUGGGAUUGACCAUAAUGACACAAGUCAGAAUGCCCAAUCUGAACAAAAUGGUUCAAGUGAUUUAUUAUGUGACUUGGAUGCCAGUUCUUAUGGCAGUUCUGCUCUUUGUAAUGGCUUCCCUUUGGAAAAUAUAUGCACACAGGUCAUAGAGCAGAAUCAGAAUUUACAUGGUGACUCAAAACAAAAUAACUUAACAAAUGGAGAAUGUGUAGCAUCAGAUGGCAUUUCAGAACCUUCUAGUUCACUUUCAGUAGCAGCACAACUUAGGGAAGUAAUACCAGCUAAUGCUUUGCCUAAUGGCACUGUUCAGCAUAUCCUCAUGCCAGAUGAUGAUGAAGGAGACUUGUGUUGGAGAAAAGUAGACUUGGGGGACCUGAGGAAUAUGGAUGUUUUAUCUUUCAAUCAUCCUCCUUCAUUCAAAUUUCUUUCUAACUCAUGUUGGUCUAAACCAAAGGAAGAUAAAGCAGUAGAUACAUCAGAUUUGGAAGUUGCAGAAGAUCCAAUGGGCCUCCAAGGAAUAGAUCUAAUCACAGCAGCACUACUGUUUUGUCUAGGAGAUUCUCCAGGUGGGAGGGGUAUAUCUGAUAGUCGCAUGGUUGAUGUUUAUCACAUUGACUUUGGGACUCAGACUUUUUCACUUCCAUCUGCAAUAUUAGCUACAAAUACAAUGGUUGGGGAAAUAGCUUCAGCUUCAGCUUGUGAUCAUGCCAACCCACAGCUUUCAAAUCCAAGUCCUUUUCAGACACUUGGGCUGGAUUUAGUAUUGGAAUGUGUCGCUAGGUACCAACCCAAACAGCGUUCAAUGUUUACAUUUGUUUGUGGACAGUUAUUUAGAAGAAAAGAAUUUUCAUCGCAUUUUAAGAAUGUGCAUGGUGACAUUCAUGCUGGACUCAAUGGCUGGAUGGAACAGAGGUGUCCUUUAGCAUAUUAUGGUUGUACCUAUUCUCAGCGCAGAUUCUGUCCAUCAACACAAGGAGCAAAGAUUAUACAUGACCGCCAUUUGAGGUCAUUUGGAGUUCAGCCAUCUGUAUCUACAGUAUUAGUAGAGCCUGCUAGAAACUGUGUGUUGGGAUUACAUAAUGACCAUCUAAGUAGCCUUCCUUUUGAGGUCCUACAGCAUAUUGCAGGCUUUCUUGAUGGCUUCAGUUUAUGCCAGCUCUCAUGUGUAUCCAAGUUAAUGAGGGAUGUGUGUGGCAGUCUUCUUCAGUCUCGCGGAAUGGUCAUACUGCAGUGGGGGAAAAGGAAGUAUCCAGAAGGAAAUUCUUCAUGGCAGAUAAAAGAAAAGGUAUGGCGAUUCAGUACAGCUUUCUGUUCUGUCAAUGAAUGGAAAUUUGCUGACAUCCUAAGUAUGGCUGACCACUUGAAGAAAUGCAGUUACAAUAUUGUAGAGAAACGGGAGGAAGCAGUCCCAUUGCCAUGUAUGUGUGUGACACGAGAACUCACUAAAGAAGGACGUUCACUUCGCUCAGUUUUAAAACCUGUACUUUAAAAACCGUAACUCCACUUGCACAUACAUGCAAGUACCUAGUAUAACUCCUUUGUAAUAUGUGACACUUUAUUAAUGUAUUAAAGAUUACAACUAGCUAAAUAUAUUGUCACUAUGUAUAUAA